AUGAUUGCAUACCCUGAAACAGAGCAAUUUCGACAUGUCAUUGUUAGCGUGACUAAACAUUCCCGACGAAAUGAAGAAGAUCGUGAUAAGCCAUUGCCUGUUUUGAAAUUUAUCGGAACAGUUAAAUUACACGGAACUAAUGCCGGUAUUGGUUAUCACAAAGAUUCCGGUCAUUGGUUACAAUCACGAAACAACGUGCUCACGACACAAAAAGAUAAUGCAGGUUUCGCGCAACAUAUGGAACCAUUAGCGGAUGAAUUCUUUACGGAAAUCGUUCUCGCACAAAGUCAAGCAAUUCGAGAUGAAUAUGAGAAAGGACGAAAAAUUAUUAUCUAUGGUGAAUGGUGUGGAGGAAAUAUUCAAAAGAACGUUGCAAUUUGCGAGUUACCAAAGAUGUUCGUUAUUUUCAAAAUCAAAGUACGUGAAGAAACAGCAGUAGAACCUGAAGAAGAAAAUCAAUCGGAGGAUGUCGAAGCAAAACCUAAUAUGAAUUCAUUCUGGCUUGCUCCAAAAGAUUGGUCGCAUAUCAAAUGGCAUGACAAAUUCAUUUACAAUAUAUUUGAUUUUCCAAUUUAUGAAAUCGAGAUCGAUUUUGAAAAUCCGAAACUUUCGCAAAACAAACUUGUGGAGAUAACUCAGGCAGUCGAGAAAGAGUGUCCUGUUGGUAAAUAUUUUGAUAAAACAGGUAUUGGUGAAGGCGUGGUAUGGACAGAAUGGGCAGUGACAAACGGUGGUUUGACAUUCAAAGUGAAAGGCGAAGAACAUUCCGUUAGCAAAGUGAAAACAUUAGCACCUGUAGAUACAGAGAAAUUAGCCAGUGUUAAAGAAUUUGUUGAUUAUGCAUGUACGGAGAAUCGUAUGCGUCAAGGCCUGGAUUAUUUACGUGAACAACAACUAACGAUCGAAAUGAAGAAUGUUGGAGUGUGGAUGAAAUGGUUGAUAGCGGAUAUUUUCAAAGAAGAAAAAGAUACGAUAGAAGCAUCGAACAUGGAUCAGAAAGAUAUUACACGAGCAGUACCAGCCAAAGCACGAACUUGGUUUCAACAACAACUCUCCUAG